UGCCUUACAAAAAAACGGAGUAUUACUUGACGAGUUGACGUUAGAAACGGAGUAUUGACAAAAAAAAAAAAAAAAAAAAAAACAAAAAUUAUAUAUUGGAGCUUUUGAAGUGCUUCCCUGUCUAUCUCUCCACCAUUGAAGGGCUUGUGAGGUUUCUCUCUUCCAUUGAAGCAGCUAUUCAGGGCUACGCAAGGAGCUAAGGAUUUGGGUUACAUUAUGAUGCAGGAAAUGGAAGCAAUUCCCGUUGAAUCAAAAAACGAAACGGCUUCAGUUUCUGCUCCACAAGCUGAGCCAGUAGAUCAUGAAAUCAAAGCUCGAGUGGAUGCUGUGUGGCAGAAGAUGAAUAAAGGAGUAUCUGCGAAUACACUAAACUCCAUUGUAAACAAACGUACUCCAAAUGGAAAUAAAACUCCACAGACAGAUAAAGCUUCCAAUAAUUGGAUGUCAUUAUUGGGUUUGGGACCAAAAAAACCAGAAGAGGCUAAUAAGGCAUCCUCAGAAAGGAAGCGCUCCGCUACUGCACAGAGUGCACACAAUGGAACCAGUGAUGAGGCCAAGAAGCUUGCUGCUACUGCUCUUGCUGCUGCCAGAGAUGCUGCUGUUGCUGCCUCUGCAUCAAACAGGGGAAAAGUUGAGGUCACUGAGUUUCUAGACUUUGCUGGUGAAGAGAUUGAGGUGAAGAAGAUGGUUGACCCCAGCUCAAAAGAAGCAGCUGAAAGGGCUAAGGUAGAAGCAGGGCCAUCUUCUGCUGUGGAUUCUGUACUGGAACAAAUAAAGAAGAAACCAAAGCUUAGUCUUCUUGAUAAGACCAAAAAGGACUGGGGAGAAUUCAAAGGAGAAAAUAAGGAUUAUGAGGAAGAGUUAGAUGCCUACAAGAAAAGUUCAAAUCAAUAUUUAGACAAGGUCUCCUUCCUAAAUAGGGCAGAUUACCGGGAAUUUGAAAGGGAGAGAGAUGUUCGACUUGCACAACAGGCAAAGAGGAAGCCAGAUAUGCGAGAGGGUCCCUAGUUGUUUAUAUACGUGCAAUUCUAUAAAAUUUUAUGCUAUUGCGGUUUGUGGAUGUCCUCGCUUACAAUUGUGGGUGAAAGGUUCCUGAUCAUUAAGUAAGCUAGCUUUGUAUCAAUUUCUAAUUUUAGGAUAGUGUCAAUGCAAUGAGGCUGAAAUUAAACGAGAAUGAGCUUUGUGGGAGAUGUAUGUGAUUUGUGAUUCUUUGAUUGAACAAAUGUACCCCAAAUUUUCAUUCAGAUGGAGUGAAGUUAGAAAAAGGUUGACUA